CGCCAGCUCUCCCAGGCCCCUCUCACCUGUUUUGCUAUACUUACCCCAAGCUCCUCUCAAUUCCUGAACAUUCCGUACAGCUUCCUAACUCUGUUUCCAUUACUAAGGUGGUUUCUCUGUCUAGAAUACCCUUCCUCUCUUCUUCACCUGGCAUGCCCACUUUGCAGAUGAUACAUCACUAUCUCCUCCAGGAAAGCUCUUCCAGCCGAGCCUGCGGGCCUUGGGGCCUCUGUCCCUGUUCCCACAGCUCCCUGUGUUCUGUGGAACUCUUAACCAACCAUGAACUUCCCCCCGCAAAGGUGGGAACGCUGUCUUCCUUUAUUCAACAUGGCCAGCACCCAGCCUAGCACCCCGCCCAUAGGAGAUGUUCCAUGAACGUGGAUGGACAUCAGACUUGCACUAUAGCUCAAAGAGCAUGUGGAGGGCACAGAAUUCAUUUAGGCCCAAACUCCACAUGAUAGUGUGAGAGAGCAAGUUCACAGACUGCUCUCCAGUGAUACCACACCUCUGCACAGUCAGGGGCAAGGUCCUUGCAUAGCACCAGGCCAUCCUGUCUGCCCUGAGGGCCUGAGCACUCACUUGGGACAAAGACUCAGCCUGAGGAGUUCCAGCCCCAAUGGUAUCUGAGCACCGAGCAGGUGGUCCUCAGUGGAAGCUCCAUGAGUGAACAAGUGAGGAACAUGGGGAAGCCUGGCCUUAGCUGGUGGCCGACAUUUAUCCCCCACAAGGGAUGGGACUAGCAAAGCAUGCUUUAUUGGAGGGUUAAGUAAUCAAUGGCGAUUCUCAAGCAAUGAGUGCUGGUCAGACUGUCUGAGCCCUGACCUUAAUAGACACUGACCUGGACGACAGGGUCCCUGGUGCCCUAUAGUGCUUGAAGGGACUCUCUGAGUCUCCUUGAUUUGGCUUCAGGGUACCAUAUGGAUCCCUCCUCUCCUGUCCAGCCUGGCUAUCAGAGGAGUAGAGGAAGUAGGGAGAGAAGCCAAGGCAGGGUCUCACUUCCAGAAGACUCUCUGGGGCCAUGUGUACCUACUGAGCUGACCAGGAGCAGCUGGUCAGACAGCACUCUGCAUGCAGCCCAGCAAUUGCACUGAUCAAAGCCAACUGUUAUGGUUUCCAGAUUUGUUGAUUUAAACACUCAACCAGACUCCUCUUAAUUUACACACACACACACGCACGCACACCCAUGCAUGAGAAUGCUAAACUGGCCAAACUCAAUGCCAGCACCAAGAAACAAAAGAAGCCCAUUCCCUCUCCUCUUCCUCCCACCCACUUUGCAGACCUUCCAGGGGCAAUGCACAUAAUUUGGGCUUUUGUGCCACGACUCAGCAAGCUAGAUUCUGAUAUUGGCCUUAGUGGUCUAGCCCUGCAGCCCCACGACCAUCGAUGGCUUUGUCUGUACAGGGAAGAACGAUCUGAGUUACAAAAAGCCGACUUCCUGGCAGAUAUUUUGGGAUUUGAACUGCUCACUAGCAAGGGUCUGGGAAGUAGCCGCUCAGGCCAGUUAGCUAAUCAGCAAAUGCACAGGACCCUGGUCUGGGCUUGGUCUGUGCCCUUGGGAGGCGAAGGUAGAAUUAGAGCACAGAACCCCUGCUUCCAAAGCCCUCAUGGUCUGGCCUGAGGAGGAGUAGCAGUGCCCAGGGCACAGAACUGAGUCUCCCCCACUUAUGUGCAUCUGUGCCAGCCGCUCUGAGGACGGUAGACAAUGGGGCUUCAGGGAAGGGGAGGCAGAGGGUCCUGGGCCAGGCUGAUGACUGACGAGCCUCUGUCUGGCCCCUUAGCUGCCUUGUGGAGUAGAGGCCACAGAGUCCACUCUUCCAGUCCAGGGGCCUGCCAUCUGUGAACUUCUUUUUUUCUUAAAACUUAGAAAUAUAAGCAAUUUGACAGAAAAAAAUUUUAAAAGAACCCAAUUAAUAUAAAAUUUGAAAUGAUCAGCCUUUGCAGAUUCUCUUUUCAUCUUUUUAACAUGCAGACACGGGGGGGAUACCAGACUCUUAUGGUUUCCGUUUCUCUCGUGAUGGGAUUCCUCCUCCGUGUCUCCCUCCACACUGGGUGGCUGGACAGCUGUUCGAGGGGCCCUGUUACCUGGGCUGAGUUUUGCUCACCAGCUCCCACCCUUAGCAAAGUGCUUUAGUGCACCAACUUCUUGCCUCAAAUACACUUGGCUUUCUGCUCUUUGAGCUUUGCAAGGUUAAUGAUAUGGGCGAGGGACGUAGGUGUUUCUGUUUGCAUCAGCUACAAGUCACUUUCUACCUCUGGUGCCUCAGUUUUCUCCUCUACAAAAUGGGCAUGAUAAGAAUACCUAUUGCAGAGGGCUCUUGUGAUGAGUAAAUGAGAUAAUGUGCAGCUCAUAAUAAGUGUUCAAAAAAGGGUGGGAUAGGAGUAGUAAUUAUAGUGAAUCCUACUGCAAUGGUUAUUAUUAAUUAUCACUGGGAAGCAGACAGGUGCGGUGAGCUGGGGACUUAUGUUGCCGGCAUAACACUAGCUUUCAGGAGCAUCCAGUUGACUAGUGCAGGCUCAGUCUUCAGGCCAGCAGGUCCCUUCCUCUGGCCCCUGGGGGAUCUAGAGUAGAAGAUCUUUGUUCACAUCACCCUGCCUCUUCAAGAUUUGCAUGAAAUAUUCGGGGGAGGGGGGUUCAUUAUGACAUAUUUUUCUUACUUGGAAGUAAAGGGAAGAAGAGCUGAAGUCCACCUGGUUGACUCACGAGUGAAGUGUUGGUCCUCUAGAGAGGGGUGAGCAUUCAGGCCGUUAGGACGGGGACUCAGAGCCCCUCCCUUCUCCUGCCCCCAUAUCAUGAAUCCAGGGACUGUCCCCCAAAAAGAGUGGCUCUGAUGGUGAAUGGAGCCCAAACUCCCAGACCAGGUCAAGAAGCAGCCCAGGUGCCCCAUCCCCUUUGGACAAUCAAUGCUUUCUUGUUAUUGGUGACUCCCCGGGCGCAGGGACGGGGCCUGAUCUGUGAGCCCAGGGCCAGCACUGCCAGGCAGGGGCUCGUUUCCGGGAGUCCUGUACCCUGUGCCCUGAGAGGCACUUCCAGGCCCAGCGCUGUUUCGAGGCCCUUAAGGCAGGCAGCCUGUGCUAGGAGGCUGCACUGGAAGCCACAGCCUCCAGGUGGGGACGGGCCUCCCUGGGGAAACUGACCCUGUGCCAUGUUCCUCCCUUGCUGUCAACCUCGCCUGGCCACUCCACAGUUCUCCACCCAGGACACUUUUUCUAGCCAGCUCCAGCCAUCACCCCCUCAGAUUUGGGGUUACCCAGGGCUCUGGCUCCCUGUCCUCUUCCUCCACCCCUCCUCCUCCUCCUGGACAUUCUCACCUGCUAACUGAGCCCCAGAAUAUGCCUUCUGUGUUAUCUGUUGACUCCCUGCUGGCCAGUGUACCAUGGCCUCUAGACAGCUGCUACAGCACCCAGCCAGGCCAGGCCGGCCCCAGGUCAGGACUGGGCCCUGGCCCAGGACUGGUGUCACCCUGCCUGAGGGCUGUCAGCAGGGAGGGUGUCAGCAUAAACCACCUUCCCACCCAGGAGGGAAGCCAGGUAAGGGAGACUCAGGGAGAGCAGAAUGGGAUUGAAGACUUCCCCGCCUCAUUGAGGAGGAUUGGGGCCACUCCAUGGGAGGGUACAGCCCUUGGUCAAAUAGACUGCAGCCCAGGCAGAGCCAGAUCCCCCUGGAGAUGGGGCCCUGGGUAUGGGGUGAGCAUUGUGUUCAUUUUCUCAGGCUUGGCCUCUGCAGUUUCCUGGGAUCCAGGGCAAGUGCCUGAGCCUCCCAGGACCUCAGUUUGCUAAUCUGUGCAAUGGGAGGGCUGGAGGGAGAGGAGCCUUUGCAGGAACCUUUCAGUCCGACCUUCUGUGAUUCAUUGACUACUUAAAAACAAAGCCUUAAUGCUGGGUUCGGCUGGGCAGUGGGGAGAAAGAGAACAAAGCAUGCCUUGUUUGCUUGUAUUGGAAUCCAAGGAGUGGACUCACUGGGAUUUCACACCCCUGGCCAGAAGUCAAGACUAGGCCACUGCCCUGACUCCUGUCUCCUGGGUCCCAAGACUGUGAGACCACCAAAACUCACUGGGAAGGGUAGUUCCAGUGAUUAAUUACACAAGUCUUUUUUCAGCGGACUAUUUACAUACCCCAGCUCUUUAAGGGGAAGCAACUUCUACAUUAUAGCACAUAAAAGUUUUCCCGUGCUUUAAGGCUAUUUUUUCAUACAUUUUUCUUAGGACAACACAAAUCCUCAUUAUAGAUAUUUCUGUAUUUUAGCAAAAGGAACCAUACUCAUAGUAAUGAGAUCCCUGAAUAAAGUUCAGUUCAUUUUCAUCUCUUUCCUCCCCGAGUAUUAUUGCCGGAAAUGUUACGUUAUCAUAAACCAGAGUUCAGGUUGCAUCUAGGGUUUUAACAGUUGUCAUUUUUCUCUGGAUACAAAUUCGGAUUACUGCCCACAUUUUACGAAGACCCUCUCCCUCACUCUGGUGUUUUAUUUGUAGGUAUUUUUUUUCUUUGCUGGGUUCACAGCCCAGACGAUGAGAACUAGGAGGGUUUAUGAUGGAGAGUUCCUGUGUUCUCUGUGUCUCUUCUCUACCAGCCAUCUGAGGCAAGGAGCCUGGGCAGGGGUGUAUGUGGCAGGUAAUGUGGGAGGGGCUGAUACAGGGGGCUCCCCCAACUGGCAAUCCAGAGGUCUCUGGGCCCAAGGCCUCCUGUGUGGGCACUGCCUGCUGUGUAGGAGAGCCCUCGGAGGUGAGGCUCAUGUGCUGGAAGCUUCUAGGUAGACUUCCUUCCCUUCAACCAUACCACAAACCACUGGCAGGACUGAUGCUUGGACUUCACAAGUGGGUCAGGGUCAAGGGCCUUCUCUCUGGCACCCUGAAGCUGUAGGUGCAGCCUGCCUUUCGGCCUGUUUGCUGGCAUGACGGCCAGCUGGAAGUCGGGAGUCGGGAGCUCCUCACCUGUUCAGGCCCGGUGGCUGUCCCUCUCCACCUCCUCUGUGGUGUCUGCAAAUACCUCCCUGCGGACUUUCUGUGAAGCCCCACCCUCCCUGCCCCUCUACCUGGUGUGGGGAUUGAGAAACUGGCUUUGGACUCAGAUAAAUCUGUAUUUGAAUCCCACUUAUGAGCUGUGUAACCUUAGGAAAGUGUCUUCUUCACUCCUGGGUAAGGUUCUUCACCUGUAAAGUGGAGUUUUAUAGUAACUACAGCCAAGUUGGGAGGAUGAAGUUAGAUCAGAUAUAUCAAGUACCUUAACCAGUGCCUGGUACCCACGGGUGUCCCAUAGGUGAUGGGGGCGCCGUGCCUUCAUUCCCAGCCACACUGCUUCCAGCUUCUCCUGUGGGUUUUCUUCUCUGUCACCUUGACCUCCAGUAGAGCCCUAACUCUCUUUUGUUUGAAACGUUUUGGGUAAAUCCUCCCGAGGGGACUACUCACCCACUCCCCUCUUCCACAGCAGUGUUCAUCCAGGGGACCACUCUCUGUAUGACACAGGCACUGUCCACCGAGCACUUUACAGACAGCCUCAUUCCCGCAGCGGAAGCCCCAUUUCCUAGGAGGAGACAGAGGUUCAAAAUGUUCAAGCCAAUUGCUCAAGAACACACAAAAGAUAAAUGUCAGAGCCAGGACACAAGGCUUUGUUGAAUUCCAAAGCCUGUCCUCCUACCCAGUCUGCAGCCUUAAGAGUGUCACUUGGUGGGGCACCUGGGUGGCUCAGUCAGUUAAGCGUCCAACUUCAGCUCAGGUCAUGAUCUCACAGUUCGUGGGUUCGAGCCCCACCUCGGGUUCUGUGCUGAUAGCUCAGAGCCUGGAGUCUGCUUCAGAUUCUGUGUCUCCCUCUCUGUCUUCCCCUCCCUGCUCCAAAAUAAAUAAACACUAAAAAAAAUUUUUUUUAAGUAUCAUUUGUUAUGCAGCAAUGCCUUGAUGCCCAGGGGUCCUGUGAGGGUAGUUAGGAUGUUUGACCCUGAACUGAAACCCAAAAGUUGCUGUGCUUGCUGAGGCUAUCCUGCUUUUCAUGGUCUCUCUGCAUCUUUUCUCAUCCUCAUCCAUUAAACUUGCCGCAGUCAUGUCUCACCUGAAGCAGCAGCACCCCCUUGCCUGCCUUGGACCUACUUGGUACAACUGUGCGCAGAGGAAGCGUUCGUAGGUGACCAGCAAGGGCGCUGGGGCUUUCCGGUGAACCAGGGGCUUCUUCACAGUGAUGCCAUCCAGUUUGCUUAUUCUAAGGCUCUGUUUGAUCACUUCUGGACUGUGGCUGUGUCUGGGAUAAAGGAGAGGCCGUUCUUCCUUUAUUUCCAGGCGGAUUGAGAUGUUUUGCCUUUUGAAAUCUGAUCAGGAAAAAAAAAAUGCUUUUUUUCAAGGUUAGGUAGGCAUCCAAGUGGGAUGGGAAGAUGAGGCAGGCCUUCCGGGGUUCUCUUCCCACAGAGCUGGGUGCCCCAAGGGGACCCAAGGACUUGGAGUGCAAGAGGAGACACCCAGGUCUCCUCCAACCCCAGCCCUAGGUCCACACUGCAGUUUUAUUCCUGCCUCCAGUGUCGGCUCUCUCCAGAUGGUGCCGCAUCACCAACCAUCUCCAGGGGCCAGGCUGCACACCUGUAAAAUGGGGAUGUGGCUGUCCCCCCACCCCCACAGAGUUUGCACAGAGUAAACUCUGCCCCAAAUAUGUGAGCACUCACUGUAUGAGCCCGAUUUUGUGGUUGCUUGCCCCAAUCACAGUCCCCAAAGAACUGCCCCCGUGGACAGGUGUUAGAGCAGUAGAAUGGAGUGUUAGGGCAUGUGCACCUGCCCCUCAGGGGUGGUUAUGGACCCUGGGGGAGGGCAGGAGGUUCCAGAUCCUCAGAUGGGAGAGGGAGGGCAGAGGCAUAUUGAACUGCCUGGCAUUCUAACUUCCAAAGACUCCUUUCCCAGCCCCAAUGUGCAUUUUGUUCAGCAAACCCCAAACCGGGAAAGCUCGCCACCCGGAUGCCAAUGAGUAAACAGCAUAGCGUGUCUGGGGCAGGCCGGGGGCAGAGGGCGCUCAUUCCAUGAGGAAAGCAAAAGAGGGCGCAGAGGUAUUCCCCCAGAGUGAGUUUUUCGAAUUCCUCUUGGGAUCCUUCUUCCAUUCUAAGGCAAAAGACAUGAAUGCUAAACUGGGGUUCUUGCCAGCACUGAUAAGGAAAACCUGCGAAUGCAGGAGUCUCAUUAAGAAAAUCCUAAAAUUUUAGUCUUAUCACUGCUGCAAGAUAAUACAGUAAGCAUGUUCGUUCUAACCUCCCUCGGCUCCCCACCCCCUGAAAUCUCUCUUAGCUACGGCUGGCAGGGUGAACGGCUGCCCCAGCGCCAGCCCGAGGUGCUGUCUGAUUGGGAUUUGUCCCCUUGCCUCGGCCGUAUGGAGUGAAUCUCCGAUCUGAGUGGACAGGGCUUCGCCCCUUCCCACCCCCAGCUGCUGCCGCAGUCACUCAGCUCCACAGACACCGCCUGAAUCCCUACUGCGUGCAGGGCCGAUGGUGGGGGCUGUGGAAGGGCCCAAUUCAUCUGGCGAGAGCCAAUGAGAUGAGGAGGGAGCACUGAUUUAUAGGCCAAGCUGCCGGCCGACCUUGUCCCCAGCGAAGGCUCAUUGCAACAGGCUUCUCAUCCAAGUGAUUAUUUGCUGUUUGUACCGCUUGGGCUUGGCAACGAUCCUACAAUUCCUGCUGGCAGAGAGGAAACAGGAACCUUGAAGUAAGUGCUUCUCUCACAAAGAGACGAUUCACGGAGGAAGGCUUGUGCGUCCCUUGGGACUGGCCUAGGCACCUCCAGCCCUGCCCUGUCACCACAAUGACUUUUUCCCUCGUGCUUUCCUCUCCCCAACCCCCUCCCCACCUGGGGUUUCUUUGGCUCCCCAGGACACCUCCGUGAGGUGGAUAGGGUAGACCCGAGUAUUCCCAUCUCUCAGAGAAGGAAGCUGAUGCCGGAGAGGUGAGGGGACUUGCUCAGUGCCAUGCUCGAGAGCACCAGAGCCCGCCCCAGGAGCGCUGGCUCCUCGUCUGAAUCUCUCCGCGACACCAACCCGCCAGCUGGCCGGGAGGGCAGAAGACAGCGCGGUGGCACGGGCACCAGCCGGGCAGGCCUGGGCUCCGUGCAGAAGCUGGUGUUCAGAGGGGCCGAGGAAGGCCGGGAGAUGCUGCGUCCCCGGGGACUCGUAAGAGGUCCGGCCUCUGUUCCCCUGUGAGGAGCAGCCACGGCCCAGCAAGAUGUCCCGGCACCACAGCCGCUUCGAACGAGAUUACCGCGUGGGCUGGGACCGCCGAGAGUGGAGCGCCAACGGUACUCAUGGGACCACCAGCAUCUGCAGCGCCACCGCGGGGGCCAGUGGCGGCUCAGCCAGUAGCCUCAGCGCCCGGCCCGGCCUCUUGCCGCUGCCCGUGGUGCCGUCCCGGCUGCCCACGCCCGCCACCGCCCCAGCUCCCUGCACUACCGGCAGCGGUGAGGCCAUCACCAGCCUCGUGGCCAGCUCUGCCUCCGCCGUCACCACCAAGGCUCCCGGCAUCUCCAAAGCGGAUAGUCAGUCCCAGGGACUCACGACCAGCAUCCGGUGGGGGCAGACGCCCAUCAAUCAGUCCACGCCCUGGGACACUGAUGAGCCGCCCUCCAAACAGAUGAGGGAGAGCGACAAUCCAGGCACAGGGCCAUGGGUGACCACGGUGGCCGCCGGGAACCAGCCUGCCCUGAUCGCACACUCCUAUGGAGUGGCCCAGCCUCCUACCUUCAGCCCGGCUGUGAACGUCCAGGCCCCAGUCAUUGGGGUGACCCCCUCACUGCCUCCCCACGUGGGGCCCCAGCUCCCGCUGAUGCCAGGCCACUACUCGCUCCCACAGCCACCCUCUCAGCCACUGAGUAGCGUGGUGGUCAACAUGCCGGCCCAGGCCCUGUACGCCAGCCCACAGCCCCUGGCCAUGUCCACACUGCCUGGCGUGGGGCAGGUGGCCCGUCCGGGACCCACUGCCGUGGGCAACGGCCACAUGGCAGGGCCCCUGCUGCCUCCACCAGCACCAGCCCAGCCGUCUGCCACCCUCCCCAGCGGUGCCCCUGCCACCAAUGGGCCCCCCACGACUGACUCGGCCCAUGGGCUGCAGAUGCUGCGGACAAUUGGCGUGGGGAAGUAUGAGUUCACCGACCCUGGGCACCCCAAAGAAAUGUUGAAGGAAUUGAACCAGCAGCGCAGAGCGAAAGCGUUUACAGACCUGAAAAUUGUUGUUGAAGGCAGAGAGUUUGAAGUCCACCAAAAUGUUCUAGCUUCCUGCAGCUUGUAUUUCAAGGACCUGAUUCAAAGGUCGGUGCAAGACGGCAGCCAGUGUGGCCGGGAGAAGCUGGAGCUCGUCCUGUCCAACCUGCAGGCCGAUGUCCUUGAACUGCUCCUGGAGUUUGUCUACACGGGCUCCCUGGUCAUCGACUCGGCCAAUGCCAAGACGCUGCUGGAGGCGGCCAGCAAGUUCCAGUUCCACACAUUCUGCAAAGUCUGUGUGUCCUUUCUCGAGAAGCAGCUGACGGCCAGCAACUGCCUGGGGGUCCUGGCCAUGGCUGAGGCCAUGCAGUGCAGCGAGCUCUACCACAUGGCCAAGGCCUUUGCGCUGCAGAUCUUCCCUGAGGUGGCGGCCCAGGAGGAGAUCCUCAGCAUCUCCAAGGACGACUUCAUCGCCUACAUCUCCAAUGACAGCCUCAACACGAAGGCCGAGGAACUAGUAUAUGAGACCGUCAUCAAGUGGAUCAAGAAGGACCCCGUGGCCCGUGCACAGUAUGCCGCAGAGCUCCUGGCCGUGGUCCGCCUCCCCUUCAUCCACCCCAGCUAUCUGCUCAACGUGGUUGACAACGAGGAGCUGAUCAAGUCGUCAGAAGCGUGUCGGGACCUGGUCAACGAGGCCAAACGCUACCACAUGUUGCCCCACGCCCGCCAGGAGAUGCAGACACCCCGAACCCGGCCCCGCCUCUCCGCAGGUGUGGCUGAGGUCAUCGUCUUGGUUGGGGGCCGUCAGAUGGUGGGGAUGACCCAGCGCUCACUGGUGGCCGUCACCUGCUGGAACCCACAGAACAACAAGUGGUACCCCCUCGCCUCACUGCCCUUCUAUGACCGAGAGUUCUUCAGCGUAGUGAGUGCCGGGGACAACAUCUACCUCUCAGGUGGGAUGGAAUCAGGGGUGACGCUGGCCGAUGUCUGGUGCUACAUGUCCCUGCUCGAUAACUGGAACCUCGUCUCCAGAAUGACGGUCCCCCGCUGCCGGCACAACAGCCUUGUCUACGAUGGGAAGAUUUACACCCUCGGGGGACUUGGCGUAGCGGGCAACGUGGACCACGUGGAGAGGUACGAUACCAUUACCAAUCAAUGGGAGGCUGUGGCCCCUCUGCCCAAGGCCGUGCACUCCGCAGCAGCCACAGUGUGUGGCGGCAAGAUCUACGUGUUUGGUGGUGUGAACGAGGCAGGCAGAGCCGCAGGCGUCCUACAGUCUUACGUUCCACAGACCAACACAUGGAGCUUUAUCGAGUCCCCAAUGAUUGACAACAAGUACGCUCCCGCCGUCACCCUCAAUGGCUUCGUUUUCAUCCUGGGCGGGGCUUAUGCCAGAGCCACCACCAUCUACGACCCUGAGAAAGGGAACAUUAAGGCAGGCCCAAACAUGAAUCACUCUCGCCAGUUCUGCAGCGCUGUGGUGCUUGAUGGCAAGAUUUAUGCAACUGGCGGCAUUGUUAGCAGUGAGGGGCCUGCCCUGGGCAACAUGGAAGCCUAUGAGCCCGCGACCAACACGUGGACCCUACUCCCCCACAUGCCCUGCCCUGUGUUCAGACACGGCUGCGUUGUGAUAAAGAAAUAUAUUCAAAGCGGCUGACAUCGGCAGAAAGCCCACGUCGAGUCUGGACAAGUCGGGUGAGGCAGAUGCUACUCACGGUGAUCAAUGUUCAGCAACACCAAUAAGAGGCCGAUAGACACAAUCGAAGAAAUCACUGCGCUAAACAUUUUGAAUACUCUCUACAUUGAAUGUAGAAAAUCAUCCUCGCCUUUGGGGGAAAUGGGGGCAUAGCGCUCCGAGCAGCAGGAACCACAACCAUCUGAGGAGCUGGGCCGAGGGCUGGGGGGGGCUCCUGCAAAGGCACUUGCUCUGAACGGAGGCGCUCACUCUGCCCGGUGCAAUAGAGUUUCACAUAUUUUUUCAACUGGGAGAGAGAAGCUGAUUUUUCCUUCCUGCAGAGCAAGCUUGAUCCCUACACAACCAUAGAUCAGUUAUCCUAUGACAAUAUUAGGUGUCAGGCUCUCUUGGAAUAAGAUCAAAGUGUCCUUAUCACUUUGAUUCCUACUUUUGUUUUUAACCAAUCUACACUUUUCAGUGGCCGAGAGAAGAGAAGCGACAAUACUGUGCUGCACAAGGCCUGGGAGGUCCCUGCUGGUCCCUGCUGGGCUGAGGACGAGUCCAGCCACCCGUGCAGAGCCAGAUGUGGCUGGAGCCACAGUGCAGGGAGCAGCCUAGGGACAGCUGGGAGAACCUUUGUCCUUCACGGGUUUCUCUACCUUGUUUUUGCUGGAGGACAGGUGACCGUGCUAGCUUUCUCUUGUCCGAUAUGAAUUAUUUAGAUUUCCAAGGCAUUUUCUUGAUAAACAAAAAGGCUAUUUUUAAGUACUGAGAGAAGGAGGAGGCCAUGAGAGGGAUAAUGCAGGAAUUCCCAAAGCUCUUCGCAGGUAGUGCCAGAGUGGGGCAUUUGCUCUAAUUUUUUCUACGUGCAGAAUAGAGGAUCUCUCCUGGGUGGGGGUGAAUACCCCCGUUUUAUUUUUUAAAAAAUGUAACUCCCAGACAGCCCCAUUAAGAGCUGUGCCUCAUGGAGGCAUUGUCAAAGAAGAUUCUGUUCUAGAAGGAAACCAGUUCUGGCUCAUGACACCAGUCCAGCUCCCUCCAUGAGGUCAAGCUGAGGACCCAGGCCGGGUAGGAAGGGAGGAAGGGAGGGAGGGAGAAUAAAUGUCUACAAAGCACAGGAGACUAUUUUUGAUAUUUAUAGCUAUAUAUUAAGGCACCUGCCACAAGAGCUCUCAGGAUAGGGACAGCCUUCGUAGACGAGCCAUGACAGCCACGACCUGAGGGGCAUGAGCAGAAUCACUCCUCCUGUAGCAUUUUAACCAGAGAAAGGGGAGCCAGGAGGGAGGUCACACCGUGGCUCAGAGAGAAAGGCCUUCCUGCCAGUCCUCAGACCCUCAAACCUCACGCGGUGACCAGUUUCCAUUCCAGGGCAAGAAGAAAGCCGCCACCACUGCGCUUGUUUAGUUGAAGUUGGUACCAAAUACGCAUUCGCCAUUUUUAUAUCUGGGAAGUCAACUUGCCGUCAUUUCAUAAUAAAAACCAUUUCUAAGGAGAAAAGGACAGGACAGGACGUGCUUUCCAUCUUUCGGUAUUUGAUGACACAAAAUUCCAGUUCUAAUGUCGGGCAUCAACUUCUAGCACUACAAGUGUGGCUCCCACUUGGACAAGAUACCGAGCUUCGUUUAUGCAGUUUUUACUAUUAUUUAUUCUUUUAAAAAGUAAUAAGCACAAAACUACAUACGUUGUAUGUCAUUUAAAGUAUUUAUGUCAAACAGGGUGCAAGUGUGAACCCAAGGACCGGAGCACAAAUCUCUAACUGCCUGGGGCAGGGCCGAUGUUAGCGUUGGCAUGCGUCUGCCUCCAAAGGAGGCGUUAGUGGUCAGCGAGACUCAACACAGACGACAUUGAAAUUCCGCUUCUCUCCUCAUCUAUCACACUGGAGCAACACUGGCUAUUUCUGUGAAUGAUACAAAACAGGGUUCUCUGUAAUGGUAUUGUACAUAGUAUAUGUUUAUUGUUAAGUUCUUGUUAUAUUAUAAUAAAUAUAUUUAUAGAUCUAGACUCAGAA